AUGCAGUCCAGCACAGAGGCCCCUGCCCCUAGUUCGGUCUCUACCGUACACAAUGAACAUGACGAUGCAAAGGAAACGAAACUGGAUCCGGCCACUGGUGGUGGUUCAGAGACCCCCAUCAACGAGGACAUUGAUCCCCGCAAUGAAGUCCAGGGCGUCAAGUUGAUACUCAUCCACCUGGCGAUUUGUUUGUGCACCUUCAUCGUGGGCCUGGACUUUAACCUCAUUGCGACCGCCGUUCCCGUCAUCACUGCCGAGUUUGAUUCAACUCGCGAUAUUGGCUGGUAUGGUGCCGCUUUCAUGGUCGCUCUAUGCGCUACUCAGCCCUUGGCGGGCAAGAUGUACACGCUAUUUCCAAAGAAGCCCACGUACCUCAUCUAUGUCUUCUUUUUUGAGCUCGGGAGCCUUGUUUGCGCCCUGGCGCCGUCCUCACGCGCCUUGAUCGCUGGCCGUGUUAUUGCGGGCUUCGGCGCCUCGGGUAUAUUUGCAGGGGGCUUUACGAUCCUCACCACCAUCAUUCCGCUGCACAAGCGGGCCGUGUGGACGGGUAUCAUGGGUUCGACCUUUUCCAUCGCCAGCAUCGUCGGCCCAGUGAUUGCGGGUGGGUUGACACAAAACGUCACCUGGCGCUGGUGCUUUUAUAUCAAUUUGCCCAUCGGAGGCGCCGCAGCGGCCAUCUUCUUCUUCCUUGUCCACCUGAGACCGGCCCCGACCGAGAUGGCACCUCUCAAGGAGAAGCUCCUCAGCAUUGACGGGCUCGGCCUCGUGCUCUUUGCUGGAGCGACCACGAUGCUACUCCUGGCACUUCAAUGGGGAGGCGUCGAAUACGCGUGGUCUUCAUCGGUGGUGAUUGGAUUAUUCGUGGGAAGCGGGCUCGUUUUCAUCCUCUUCGUCUUUUGGCUGGUCCGCCGCGGAGAUAGUGGUCUGAUCCCGCCCAGGAUCUUCACUGUCAAUCGCAACCCUGCUCUGCUAUGCGCUGCCGCCUUCUUCGUCAAUGGCCCGUUCCAGACGAUCAUCUACUGGCUUCCUGUCUGGUUCCAGGGCGUGUUGAAAAACUCUCCUACUUCCAGUGGAGUCAACUUUCUUCCCACCGUGCUCGCGGAUGUCCUCGCAGCUUUCAUCGGUUCGGCGCUCGCGUCCCAGCUGGGAUGGUGGAAUCCUUUUGUUAUUCUCGGAUCCGUCACAGUCAGUAUUGGAAGCGGCCUGCUUACGACCAUCUACCCAGACGUAUCGGGUGCUCAUUGGGUAGGAUACCAGAUACUGGGUGGCAUGGGCUAUUCCCUGUCGUCUAACCUUUCACACCUUGCCAUGCAAACUUCACUCCCACAGGACCUCGUUCCUCUCGGCGCCUCGACACUCUUGGCCAUCAUAUCCACCAGCUGCGCCAUCUUCAUGGCCAUUGGCCAGGCAGUCUUCCAGCAGCUUCUCCAGAAAAAUCUUUCCCCUGUGGUACCGCAGGAUAUUAUCGACAAAAUCAUUGACUCGGGUGUGACCGACUUCAGCUCGCUGGUAGACGCUGAUGCGUUGCGAACAGUGGUUGCCAAGUACAGCCUGUCCGUCACUCAGGUUUUUUACAUACCUGCUGCAGCACCUGUCAUUUCCUUCUUCCUGAUACUUGCGUGCAAGUGGAUUUCGACCAAGAGUAAACAGAGUCCGGCACCCAAGACGGAGUUGAAUGAGAAAGCCGUGGAUACAGAACCGGGGUCUUCUGUAUGA